UGAAACCAGUGAAAGCAUCACUCAGGUAGUAGAAAGGGGGCAGAUCCGAGGAGCAGAUAAAACUGGGCUGCUCUCACACACACACACACAUAUAUACACACACACACACACACCGCCUUUUGCUGCCUCCUCGGCUCUUUCCUGGGGGGUAAACCAUGGUGGCUAAAACCAGAAAACAGACCGGGAAGAGUCCAGCGACCCAGGCUGACCGCGACAGGAGCCCGCUUGUUUCUCCCCCCGGUAAAAGUACCGUGAGGCGACCGGGCAGGGAGGGCAAAGCCUUCAGCAGCUCCCACCCGAACGGGCUCUCGGGCAUCGGGCACAAGCUCGGGCUAACUCCCUCCGCGGUCGCCAGGCUGGGAGUCACUCUUCUCCUCGCUGCUCUGACUGGGUAUCUCCACUGGCACCAUCUCUCACAGCUGUUUGAGAAUGACAGACACUUUUCACACUUGUCUAACCUGGAGAAGGAAAUGGCUUUUCGGACAGAAAUGGGUCUGUACUAUUCCUACUACAAGACCAUUAUUGAGGCUCCCUCCUUCCUGGAUGGCCUCCACAUGGUCAUGAACGAUCGGCUGACAGAGUACCCUCUGGUUAUUAACACACUGAAGAGAUUCAAUCUCUAUCCAGAGGUGGUCCUGGCCAGCUGGUACCGGAUGUACACAGGUGUAAUGGGGUACUUUGGGAUUCCCACAAAGAUGUGCUGGUCCAUUAACAGAGGAGAGGGACUCACUCCUGUGGACAGCUGUGAAGGGAUGGGCGACCCGGCGUAUUUCUACGUGACCUGUGUGUUCCUGCUGAACGGCGCGAUGAUGAGCCUGUUCUUCAUUUACGGAGCCUACCUCAGUGGCAGUCGACUGGGCGGCAUUGUUACCACAAUGUGUUUCUUCUUCAAUCACGGCGAGAGCACUCGUGUGAUGUGGACUCCGCCCCUGAGGGAAAGCUUUGCCUACCCCUUCUUAGUCCUGCAGAUGCUCCUUCUCACCUACAUCCUACGGACCCGGAACCCAAGCAGGACAGCCAUGGUUGCUCUUGGCGUCUCCAAUUUGUGCUUCAUGCUGCCUUGGCAGUUCGCCCAGUUCGUGCUGCUCACUCAGGUGGCUUCUCUGUUUGCUUCUUACAUCCUGGGUUACCUCGCUGCCGCCAAGAUGCAGUCCAUCCUGGUCACUCAUAUGAUCACUCUCGGCAUCUGCUUUAUCCUGAUGUUUGGCAACUCCAUGCUGCUCACGUCCUUCUACGCCUCCUCACUCGUCUCCAUCUGGGCAAUCAUUGCAUUGAGGGAUAGAUUUGCUCAAGUCUUCAAACCUGGCAUCAUCACCUGGGUCAUGCAGGGUUUGGCUUGGGUCGGCUCCACAGUUCUGCUCAAAUUCAUGCUGUCCACAGUCCUCUGUGCCUCGGAUGAUGCUCACAUCAGUGGACUCAUAAAGUCUAAGUUCACAAGCUACAAGGACUUCCACACUCUGAUGUACACGUGUGCUGCCGAAUUUGACUUCAUUGAAUUAGAGACUCCCGUACGCUACCUUAAAACAUUGCUGCUGCCCAUCAACAUGCUGGUGGUUGCUCUCAUUGCUUGGAGGACUCUGCAGGAUAUAGUCCGGUUCCUGAGGGACGGAGGGAAGACCGAUGAUGUUGAUGAAGCUGCAGGGUCUGAAAUUGUCGGAAAAGGAGAGCUGGUGUACCACAGUCUGCAGCUGGUGGCGUUUGCUGUCCUGGCCGUGCUCAUCAUGCGUCUGAAGCUCUUCCUGACGCCCCACAUGUGCAUCAUGGCCUCCCUCAUCUGCUCCAAACAGUUGUUUGGCUGGAUCGGGGAGAGGUUUAAACACCAGAUUGGGGUGUUUGCCGUCAUGGCCAUCAUGGCCGUACAGGGAGUGGCCAACCUGCAGGCCCAGUGGGCGAUUAUUGGAGAGUUCAGCAACCUGCCGCAGGAGGAGCUGCUGACCUGGAUCCAGGAGAACGCCCGUCCUGAUUCUGUGUUUGCUGGGGCCAUGCCCACCAUGGCCAGCGUGAAGCUUUCCACAGGUCGGCCCAUCGUCAACCACCCCCACUAUGAAGAUGCUGGUCUGAGGGAGAGAACCAAGCUGGUUUACUCCAUGUACAGCCGCAUGUCUGGAGAAACCGUAAAGAGGAACCUGAUGAAGCUGGGAGUGGACUUCUUUGUCCUGGAGGAUUCUUGGUGCACCAGGCGAACCAGGCCUGGGUGCAGCAUGCCAGAGAUCUGGGACAUUGAGGAUCACCAAAAUAUUGGUAAAAUCCCCCUCUGCACCCACAUGUCCAGGAACUCACGACCCCACUUCACCACAGUCUUUUCCAACGACAUUUACAAAGUCCUCAAAGUCCCCAAAGCUACCAAAGAUCUCAGAUAACAUCGUUGGACGGACUGGUUCUUUCCACCGCUUCUGGUCGGUCACUGCCGUCGCAAACUUUUUACCUUUUACUUCCCUCCCCACUGUUCCACUUUUCUGUGGUAUACUUUUCCCUGAGCGUUGGACUAACAGUAGGUUGGACAAAACAAUUUUGCCUUGAGUCUCUCCACUCUUGGUGCCCUCACUGGUCUCAGUAUUUGUGACUUAAAGAAACUCCCUCUUUCCCACAUAUUGCCAGUCAUCCUUAUUGCUGCAUCUUCGUCAUCCGGCGACGUUCCCAUUACGUUCGGUGCCCAAGUGAAAAAGCCAAAAGGUGUCGCAGCUCUUCUUCUGGUUUGUUGCGUCGGUUCUGUUACAAAUAAUCCUUAUUUUAAGAAACAUUCUCCUCAAAGAGAAGCUGUUCAUACAUCAGUAUUGUUUUUUUUACUGUAUGGAAUUCAUUUUCUUUGCGCUGAAGAAGUACAUUUUGUCUGGCGGGACCAAUCAAUGAUGUCCACAUACUGUGAAGCAAUACCCUUUGCAAACUUGACAAACGCUGACUUCUUCUAUUGUUAUGCACAGUGUAGAUCUCUGAAAAUACUUUUCAGUAGUACACUAUUUUUAUAAUUUAUAUGUGUGAGUAUUUUUGGGGAAAAUUCAGUUUUUGUGUUCAAAAUCUUUUUGAUAGACAUCAUUCAGCCUUUGCGUCAAGGUGAAAUUUACUUAGUGACUCAGCUUUCAUUCUUAAUUCAGUUAUAACCCGGGGGGAAAAAGUGUUUAUUUAGGGCAAAUCAUAAGAAGUAUAUAGGGGUGCAACAGAUCACAAAACUCACAGUUGGAUCAGAUCGCGUUUUUGUCACGGAUCGGACUAUUUUUUUGGAUCAGACUACGACUGCUAUGCUGCUUUUGCUCCGAUAUAUCCGCUAGGAAUGGGAAUUGAUGAGAUGCUAUUAAUACCAAUACCAUUAUCAAUUCUGCUCAUUAGUCCAGUUCUUUGUCGAAUUGUAACUUUGUUGAAAGUACACAGGUUUUCAAAGUAAACGCAACUAUUUUAUUAUCUCUUAUAGAGUCUGAACACUGUAGAAACUGAGUAAAGUUUAUUCAUGAAAUGAAGCAAAGCCUAGGACCAUUUCUUCCUCACCGCCAUGACUCCUCCUUGUUGUCCCAGCAGCGUAGACACAUGGGUUUGACGUCACCAUUCUGCAACGUGCUGACAUUCAUAAAAGGAAUUGAUCAUCUAUAGAUCAUUUAGAAGCGGUUUUAUACUGGAAGCUGACGGCUGCUGCGUCACAGACGAGCAGAGACUGGAGCUGCUCCGAUGAGCGGAUCUGUGCAUCGAUGGGAAGGCAGCAGAUAUUUCCCAACUUGGAAUAAACAUCACAGUCUUAUUAUCUAGUUUGUUUGGAUCAACUAUGAUCUGUUGCACCACUAAAAAUGAAACAAGUAGAUUGCCUGUACUGUGUCAUGUGACAGCGUUUUUGUAAAUACCCAAACAACUGUUUUGUAAAAUGCCACUGUACAGCCUUUAAAAGGUACUUGUUGUUUCUUGAAUUGUUUAUUGCCAAAGCAAGUCUUGUUAUUAAAGCUGCGUAUUUGGGGUACUGUAGCAAAUGAAAGAUGUGUUUUUUAGUUAUUGAGAACCAUCAGUUUGUGAGUUCUUUAACAGCCAAUCCAAACUAUUUGUAGCAGUGGAUCUUAUGUAAAUGGUAGCAGUCGUUGGUUCCUUCUUUGGGGCCUCAUUAAUGACUGUUUGACAUUUUAGGAAAUGAUUUGCUUGUUCACUUACGUGCUACGAGAAGACUGAUACCACUCUUGUGUCUGUGGAAACAAGAAUCUCCUUCAGAAGGGGACAGUUGAGCUUAUCACUAUCAUCAGCUUGUACUGUCAGUAAGUGUCCUUCACACCAACUGUAGGUCAGUGGCCCCAUAGCUGCAUGUUGUAUUGGCGGUUUCACCUUUUAUCAUCUUUUUAAAUUGCAGUCAGUUUAACUCACAUUCACCAUACUUUAAAAGUUUUUUGUUUCCUCAUAUCAAACCGUUUUAUUUGUUACUGAAGCUUGGUGCCACUUUCAGAAGGGGGGGGGCAGUAAUGGAGCUGCAAAGCUUUACAACACACGUUUUUUUUCCCACAUGGCUCUAUAAAUGAGUCAACAUACAGCAGGUUUGUCUUAUAGUGACAGUUGUUUGUCUUUGAAGGACUAGUUCAACAUUUUGGAAAAAUAAAACACUUAUUCCCGUUUCUGUCCGGAGUUAAAUGUGAAUAUUGAUUCCACUCUCGUGUCUGUACAGUAAAUUUGAAGCAGCAGUCAGCAGGUUAGCUUAGCUUAGCACAAAGAUUCAUAGAGCUGGUCUGGUCAGUUCAAAUAUGUACCUCCCAAGACCUCUACAAGUGUAAAAAUGACAAGUUGUGGUUUUAUAGGACGUUAUGUGCUGGACCGUUUUUUGACCGAAGGUAGCAAUCUCCGCUGGUUGCCUGGUAACCUUGCAGUGACAUGAAGAUGGCAACAAGUUAAUGUUCUUGUCAAGAAACAGUCAGGCACAUAACGUCCUGUAAAACCUUGAUUACUCAUUUUUUACUUUAGUUUUUGUACAGAUUAAACAAAUGAGAAAUGAGCAGUCAAAUGAUUCACUUUAGAGGUGCUGGUAGGUAGAUUUUGUUUGAUUUUUGUCCCAAAAUGUCGUCCUAUAAGAGGCAGGAGUCGCCAUGUUGGAGGACCGGCAACACAAACGAACAUCAUCACUUCUUCCUCCUACGAGAGUGCCAGUCUAGGCCACUGCUGCACAAACAUUUGGCUGUUAAUGGGUUUUCUGUUGCAUGUUUACUCCUCCAACAUGAUGACAUAUGUUUCACAAUCAUUAGUAACUUCUCAAAUAUUCUGUGAUGGUUUUGUUUCUAUAAAGGCUUCAAGUUUCUCUCAGCUUUAAUGUUUUUCUCGUGUAUGAAGUUGUAACAGGUUGAAAUCAUUACGGUACAACACACCUCAGUGCUGCUGAUUUCAUUGAUCGGGCACCGGAAAGAACAAAUAUUAAAGAAAGAUUAGUGAGAUGACACUUUUAAAGGAAAACAAAACAUACGUUCACAAUUCAAAAACUCCUACUGUGGUGAGAUUAAAUGUGCCAGAGCGAGCGGUUGAACAAAUCAUACGGUGCACAUUUAAUCUGUGACAUUCUGUCCGUCUGAUUUCAGAGCUGUUUGUUUGUGUACUAUUUGUACAAAGACUGAGGUUUCGCGGUGUAGAAGUGAUCUUGUAAGUCAAGUGCCCGUUUUUAAGGAGUGGGUUGAUUGUCACACUUCCUGAAACACUUUGACGUAAAUAGUUUAUUCCUGUCGCAGGCGUUGGUGUGUUUCAGAUGUCUUUUAUAAUAUUUGUCUAUUUUGUCUGUAUUUAAAAAAAAUAAAGUAUUUGCCAUCAGCA